AUGGAGGCACCAUCUUUGGCCGCGAAUGUGCUCGCAUGGCUAGCUGCCAUAGCCAUAGUACUCCUUACUAACCACCUUUGCCGACGUAAACUUAGCCUACCACCAGGCCCAAAACCAUGGCCUAUCAUUGGGAACUUUAACCUUAUUGGAUCUCUUCCUCACCACUCCAUCCAUGAGCUCUCAAAAAAAUAUGAACCUAUAAUGAUGCUCCAUUAUGGGUCAGUUCCAGUGCUAGUAGGCUCAUCAGUCGAAAUGGCGAAAAAAUUCCUUAAAACACAUGAUGAAACAUUUGCCGGAAGGCCUAAAAAUGCUGACGGAAAGUACACAACUUAUAAUUAUUCCGAUAUAACAUGGUCUCAGUAUGGCCCUUAUUGGCGCCAAGCACGAAAAAUAUGCUUGAUGGAGCUAUUUAGCUCCAAGAGGCUCGAAUUGAAUGAGUAUAUACGAGUAGAAGAACUUAAUUCCAUGUUAAUAGGUAUAUUUAACACUAAUGGAGAACCCAUUGUGUUAAGAGACCACCUAUCUACUAUGAACCUAAAUGUGAUUAGUAGGAUGGUGUUAGGUAAAAAAUACUUGGAUAAAAAUAAUGAAGAAAAAUCGAUCGUAACGCUAGAGGAAUUUAAGUUAAUGCUUGAUGAAUUAUUCUUGUUGAAUGGGGUAUUGAAUCUUGGAGAUUGGAUCCCUUGUUUAAAGUACAUGGAUGUACAAGGUUAUGUGAAGAGAAUGAAAAUUUUGGCUAAGAAAUUUGAUAGGUUUUUGGAGCAUGUGUUGGAUGAACAUAAUGAUAGAAGGGAAAAAGAGAAGGAAAAUUGGGUGGCUAAAGAUAUGGUGGAUGUUUUAUUGCAAAUUGCUGAUGAUCCUACAAAUGAAGUUAAGCUUGAAAGAAUUGGAGUGAAGGCUUUUAGUCAGGUAUGUAUGUAA